AUGACGAAUAGCCCGCAACGAAUCUACCUUGAUAACGCCGCCACGAGUUGGCCCAAGCCGGAGUCGGUUUACGACGCGGUCGAUCGCUACAUGCGGGAAAAUGGGGCGGCCGCAGGGCGAAGUGCCUACGCCGAAUCGAGCGACUCGGAGGCAAUUGUCUCCGCGGCUCGCAAGCAAGUUGCCAAGCUCUUGGGAGUGCGUGACCAGAAGCGAAUCGUGUUCACACUCAAUGGAACCGAUUCGCUGAAUCAGGCCAUUCACGGCGUGUUGUCACACGGCGGAGGACACGUAAUAACCACCGAGAUCGAACACAACUCGGUGCUACGCCCGCUGCGGUGGUUGGAAGAUCGGAGACAGAUCGAAGUAACCCGAGUGAAGUGUGAUGCAUCGGGCGUGGUCGAUCCAGACGACAUUCGAGCCGCCAUGCGUGACGACACACGGCUGGUCGCAGUGAUUCACGCCUCGAAUGUCACCGGGGCGAUUCAACCGGUCCAAGAGAUCGGGGCCAUCGUAGGCGAGCAUCCGGCCCUGUAUUUGAUCGAUGCUGCUCAGAGCCUUGGGCACCUUCCGCUGGAUGUAGAAGCGGUACAGGCCGAUCUGGUGGCUGCACCGGGCCAUAAGGGCUUGUUGGGUCCGCUAGGCACAGGAAUCUUAUACUUACGUCCCGGGAUUGAGUCGCAAGUUGAACCGGGACGGCAAGGUGGCACUGGCAGCGUCAGCGAAGAUGAUCGUCAGCCGGAACUGAUGCCUGACCGCUACGAGUCGGGCAACCUCAACGUAGCCGGCCUGGCCGGGUUGGCCGCAGGGGUUGGUUUUGUGCUGGAGCAAAGCGUCGAGAAAUUAAGACAGCACGAGCAGGAGCUUAUGGCCCAUUUGCUCGCGGGCUUGCGGGAGAUCACUGGUAUUACCGUCUACGGUCCCCACAAGCUUGAGCAGCGUGUGGGAGUGGUGAGCUUCAGCGUGGAAGGCUACGAGCCUCAGGAGGUUGCCGGGGCUCUAGAUGCCGGAUACGGUGUGCAAGUUCGGGCAGGCAUUCAGUGUGCCCCCGGGGUGCAUGCCGCUCUGGGUACCCUGCAGCAAGGUGGUACCGUCCGGAUGAGCCUGGGCCCCUGGACGACAACCGGUGAGAUCGAUCGGGCAGUCUCGGCCCUGAAGGAAAUCGCCGGCUUCGUGUGGGUGAACAAGCAGGAGGUCGCUGAUCUGGCCGCACUUCUAGAGAUGGACGUCGAGCAGUUCGAAGCCACCUACGUGCGGAAGGUGGGCAUUCGCAAGAGCCUCAUCGAAUACUCCAACGGCGAUUGUGUCUUCUUCGACAACGAAGCCCGUACCUGCAAUGUCUACCAGGCACGUCCCCGCCAAUGCCGCACAUGGCCGUUCUGGGACUCGAAUCUGAAGGAUGAGGCCGCCUGGCAGGAAACCUGCGAGGUGUGCCCCGGUAGCGGAAAAGGCAAGCUGUACUCCAUUGGCAAGAUUGAGGAAAUUGGGCUUACUCAGCUCAAGACGAAAGAGAUCGUCCAGAAGACUUUCGACGCCAUCGUCGAAACGCUUGUCGAAGAUCGCCGCAUCGAACUUCGCAACUUUGGUGUCUUCGAAGUGAAGAAGCGAGCUGCCCGCAAGGCUCGUAACCCUCGCACAGGCGAUAAAGUCUUUGUGCCAGAGAAGUUUGUGGUUACGUUCAAGCCUGGCAAAGAGAUGGAAGAACGCGUUCGCGAGCUUGAACGCCGCGAAGCCGAAAAACAGCGUGCCGCAGCCGAGGCACCUAGUGCGAAUCAAAACAACUUGCCGGGUCCCAACAUGCCCGGGCCGGUUGGCUCCGAAAACACUUUCGGCAGCACGACGGUCUCGAAGCACGACUCAUCUAAGCUUCGAGCUAGCAAUGCACAUUGCAAGAACGGCACCCGGUAUCAGCUUCUCCCGCUCGAAAUGUGGUUGUGUGAGCUAACCGAUUGGCUGGAUCAAUUCAUUAUGAGAAGUACACGUUGGGUCUCGGAUGACCUGACGAAGGGACUUGCGCUGCUGUUGCGUCGCAAGCUCCACAACACGGAGGAUUUGUGGAAUGCGUGGUUUGCUGUUAGCCCUCCUGAUUGCGAUUUGUGUCGCUACGUCGGUCGGAUGUAUUCUUCCGGCCUACUCGGGCGAUCCGACUCGGCGGUCCAGUUGGGCCGGCUCCGUCUUCAGAACCCCAUUCUCGUGGCCUCGGGCACCUUUGGUUACGCCCGCGAGAUGAAAGGCUUCAUCGACUUCUCCCGCUUGGGAGGCAUUCUGCCGAAGACCAUCACCCAGGCACCGCGGGCGGGGAAUGCACCGUGGCGGACGAUCGAAACCACCGGUGGGAUGCUCAACUCCAUAGGGCUCGAUAACGACGGCAUUGAUGCUUUCAUUGCCAAGCACAUGCCUUAUCUCGGCACGCUGGAUACUGCCAUCGUGGUGAGCAUCGCAGGCCACGACUACGACGAGUUUGUGCAGAUGGCAGCGCAGCUCGACGGAGUGCCUGGAGUUGCAGCGCUGGAACUGAACAUCUCCUGCCCCAACGUCAGCGGAGGGGUCGACUUUGGGACGGACCCGGAGAUGUGCCGCCGAGUGGUGGCCGGAACGCGUGACGCUUGCGGGUUGCCCAUCCUCGCGAAGCUCACGCCUAAUGUGACGAACGUGGUUUCGGUCGCUCAGGCAGCAGCGGAAGGUGGGGCGGAUGCCAUCUCGUUGAUCAACACGUGCCUUGGCGUGGCCAUAGACUGGCGACGCCGACGAACGCUGUUGGGGAAUGGAUUGGGAGGACUGAGCGGUCCGGCCAUUAAGCCAAUAGCGCUGCGUGCUGUGUAUCAGGUGGCCCAGGCGGUGGACGUGCCCCUGGUUGGAAUUGGCGGCAUCGCCACUAUCGACGAUGUGAUGGAGUUCAUCGUGGCCGGAGCUUCUGCAGUACAAUUGGGCACCGUCAACUUCUACAAUCCGGGGGCCAGCAUGCAGGUUCUCGAUGCCUUGCCCGCCGCACUCGCCGAAGCCGGCGUCGAGCGAGUUGAGCAGCUCGUUGGUACGGUACACCGCAAGGAUGCUUUUGCGAUGCGAGUUCUUUCUGGAAUUCAGCCCACGGGACGGUUUCAUUGGGGAAACUAUUUCGGGGCGAUUCAGCAGUACAUCGACCUGCAAACUGCUGAUGAGGCGUAUUACUUCAUCGCGAACUUGCAUGCACUAACCACGGUGCGCGACGCCGAUUCAUUGCGGCAGUUGAGUCUCGAUGCCGCCAUCGAUCUGCUGGCCCUGGGACUCGACCCCGAGCAGGCGAUCGUGUUCAUGCAAUCCGACGUGCCUGAGGUCUCCGAGUUGUGCUGGUUGCUGAUGACCGGCACCCCCAUGGGCUUGCUCGAGCGGUGUCAUGCCUACAAAGAUAAGAAAGAAAAGGGGCUGCGCGCCGAUGCGGGGCUGUUUACCUAUCCUGUCCUAAUGGCGGCAGACAUUCUGGCUUACGACGCCAAUUGGGUGCCCGUGGGCGACGAUCAACAGCAACACAUAGAAGUGUGCCGCGACCUGGCAGCCAGCUUCAACCAUAACUUCGGCGAAACGUUCAUCAUGCCCGAGGCGAAGAUCAUUGCCUCGUCGGCCAAGGUGCCAGGGACCGACGGCGAGAAGAUGUCGAAGAGUUACAACAACACGUUGGAGUUGUUCGAAGACCUCAAGCCGCUGAAGAAGAAGAUCAUGCGGAUCACCACCGACUCGCGGCCUAUGGAAGAACCGAAGGAGCCGGAGGGAGAUCACCUCUACCAACUCUAUUCGCUUGUGGCGACCGACGCCGAACGAGAAGAGAUGGCGGCUCUCUAUCGACGUGGCGGCUUUGGAUACGGCGAAGUGAAGAAGGCGCUCUACGAGGCGGCCGAACGGUUCUUCGAGGAACCCCGGGCACGUCGCGAAGAGUUCGCUGCCCAUCCCGAACGGGUUGAAGAAAUCUUGGCCGAUGGCGCCUCCCGCGCACGUCGCAAAGCAGGCGAAGUCUUGGCCCGGGCCCAAAAAGCCUGUGGGCUGAAGCGGUAG